GUUGCCCUGUGGUUAGCACGGGACUGUACCUUCUUCCGUGUAUAUGUUUUGUGGUGAUGACAUAUAAACAAAAAACAAGGUUAGGUUUGUGAAGUAAUAAGAAAAAGAAAAUAUAUUUCAUCACAUAAAAAUGGAAUUAAGGGAUAUAAAUUACAACAAAGGAGAAUACGUUGAAACGGCGUCUGGCAAUAAGGUGUGUCGUCAAACUAUCCUUUGUGGCUCCCAGAAUAUAAUCCUUCAAGGAAAAGUUAUCGUACAGUCCGAGGCGAUAAUAAGGGGCGAUCUAGCAAACGUGAAAACUGGCCGAUACUGCAUCAUUAGCAAAGAGGCUGUAUUGAGGCCACCAUACAAAAAGUUUAGUAAAGGAGUUGCAUUCUUUCCUCUGAACAUGGGUGACCAUGUAUUUGUUGGCGAGAGAUCUGUUGUAAAUGCUGCAGUAGUAGGAAACUAUGUUUACAUUGGAAAGAAUUGUGUUAUUGGGCGUAGGUGCACUUUAAAGGAUUGCUGCGUCAUAGAAGAUAACACUAUAUUAGCGCCUGAAACCGUAGUUCCGCCAUUCACAAGGUACGGCGGAUCUCCUGGUGUUCAAGUUGGCGAUCUACCAGAAUGUCAAGCUGAUGUAAUGGUCGACUUCACAAGAGGAUAUUAUCAGCAUUUCCAACCAUUAAAACUAAUUUAAGAUGCAUUUGUCGAAUUUUAAUUUAACGAUGCAGGGUCAUGUACUCUUUAGAAAUAUCCAUCGGUAGCCAAGCUAAAUCUAUUGAGAUAUAUAACAUAUACGGUGAACAUAGUUAUUUGUCGUAACUAGAGCUAGGAGAAAGUAUCCUUGAUAUGUCUUUGGGAACUGACAAAAAUUUGCAAAGUCUACUGGAUGGUUUAUGCUAUCAUCAGGAGCUAAAAUAAAUUUAGAAAAUAGCAAUUAUAAACAAGUACCGAAAUAUCACUUAAUUGUUUAUACAGUUGCUAUUUUCUAAAUUUGUUUUUAGCUCCUGAUGUUGAUGGCAUAGAUCAUCGAAAGCUAGAGUUUUCUAGUCAAAAGAGUACACCUUGCCGGCGAGAUUGUUGCUGAAUUGUUCUUAGAAAAAGGUGGAUGAAACAACAUAGUAAAGCAAUAAAAAACUGGAUAUAUGAGAAUCAUUUAGAAAAAUCAUAGCUGUUUUUCAUAAAACCACUAAAAGAUUUAAAAGAAUUGAAGAUUGAUUAAUUUUUGACUAUCUUUUUGGAACAUCUAGAUGUUCAACACAUGCUCAGCAGGUCGGCCUAACGAGUUAUGACAAAUAACAGUUUCCACUAUAUAUACAGGUGUUCAAGAUAGGGAUCCUCUGCAUGGACUUGCUACACUGUAUAUGUAUUGAUUAUAAAUGAAAUAUUUAACGGAAAUUCAUUCCUAACGAUGGUCUGUUUGUAUUUACUUUAAAAUUAAGUGUUGGCAAAAUUAUUAGUUUUAAGUUAUUUUCCUGUAUACCUUUUAAGCAUGUUUCAGUUGUAUAUCUUUUGUAUAACAAUGGAAAUGAAAUAAACAAUGAAAAAUUAAAUAACUUCUAUUUAUUCCUGAUUUGCGUCAACAUUCUCAGUUUGUAGACCUUUGAAGUUGGCUACUGGAACAUAAGUCACAAGUGUGUACAAUUUGUUUACAGAGUCUUCAUCGUCAUUCCUUCUCCUUGACAAUCGUACACGGACACGGAAAGGUACAUUUCUGAUUCCUUUGGACCAUAACUGUUUGUUCAGCCUGGUGUCAAUCCUAACAUCG